CUCGCAGAUUUUCCGCUCUUCAGCUCGGUGCUCGGUGGUGUUAGACGAGAAUGUAAGCUAGGUGGCCGCACGAACACAUUUAUCACACCGAGCCUGUGCCAGACGCACAUGGGAUCCGUCCUGCGUACCCGGGGAUCUUCAGCAACCCGCAGCCGGAGCGGAGGGCACCCACAGCCCCGGUCAGGAGCAGCGCUCACCUCCUUUUUUCUGCUGCCUGGACUCUCUUUGACACACACUAACACACACACACACACACGCAUUCUCUGUGAAACACAUUUUUUGAGGUGAUCUCUCUCUUUUUUUCUUCUUCUUCUUCUCCUCCUGUGAGAGGCUCGCGGAGACACAGCGCGUUAUUUAUUUAUAUCGUGUGUGAGCCCUGACAGUCAGCCGCGGCGGACAAACUGCGUCUUUGCGCGGAGAGGUCGGACUUCUUUUUUUUUGUGGCUAAAUAAAAAGGGUGGUGGGGGGGUGGUGGGAGAGAAAAACACAGCAAAAAAAAAAAAAAAAAAAACACUCGCGAAAAGACUCCCGUCCUGGUCGCCCCCCCAGUCUUUUUUUAUUUCCUGUCAGUUUUUUUCUUCUUCUUGCGAUUUAUUUCCUGCUGCCAAACCCAGGGAAACCACGGGACUGAUCCCCCUUUUUUUUUUUGCUCCGAGGAUGAAAGAAAACUAGAUUUAUGAUCGAGGCUUUGAGGGUUGUUUUACUGGAUUUAUUUCGCUGUGGAGGAAAAAGAGAUCCGAGGGAGAGAGCGGAGCUGUGCGCAAAAUACAAAAAAAAGAGAAAAGAAUAAAAUAAAGCCGAGGUCUUCCUCCUCUCUUCUCUUCCUCUCCCUCCCUCUAUCUCUCCAUCUAUCAAUCUGUCUACCUAUCCUCUCCUGUCCAUCUAUCUCUCCAAUUUGUUUCCAUGUUUUUAGGUCCGUGCGAUUUUGCUAAAAUGCAUCAUCAACAGCGGAUGGCAGCUUUGGGAACAGACAAGGAACUGAGUGACUUACUGGAUUUCAGCGCGAUGCGAAACAGCGAUUUGAAAAUGUUCCCAACAUCCAUGAUGUUUUCCCCUCCUGUUAGCAGUGGAAAGAACGGGCCAACCUCCCUGGGGAGCGGACAUUUCUCCGGCUCAAAUAUGGAGGAGAGAACGAGUGCAGGGUCAUGGGCAAGUGGAAGUCGUUCUUCCAAGAAUUAUGCAGAUGGGUCUCAGUACAUGGCGUCACAUGACAGCCUCUCACCUCCGUACACCAACUCCAGGCUAACAGGUAAAACAGAGAGGAGUUCAUACUCGUACGGCAGAGAGUCCAACCCACAUUGCCACCAGUCGGUACUGGGUGGUGAGUUGGGUUUGGGGAGUCCCGGCGCGGCGUCGCCCACCAAGCCGGCCGGUCAGUACUACCAGCACUACAGCUCCAACCCCCGGAGGAGAACGCUGCCUAUGGACACCAUGGAGGUUCACCCAAAAAAAGUGCGGAAGGUCCCUCCUGGCUUGCCGUCCUCAGUGUACGCUCCGUCUGCCAGUACAGCGGACUACAACAGGGACUCACCGGGUUAUCCCUCCUCCAAACCUCCCAGCUCUGGCUUCCCAAGUUCAUUUUUCAUGCCAGACGGUCACCACAGUGGCGAUCCGUGGAGCAGCAGCAGUAGCAGUAUGAGCCAGCAGGGUUACCACGGCAGCAUGCUGGGGAGCGGGAACUCAGCCCACGGCCCUGCCCAGAGCUCCUCCUACUGUGGGAUUCACCCUCACGACAGAUUGAGCUACCCCUCGCACUCGUCUGCAGACAUCAGCUCCAGCCUUCCUCCCAUGUCCAGCUUCCACCGAGGGGGAGGGAGUGGGGGCGGAGCCAAUCACUACAGCACCGCCUCUUGCACAGCCUCCACCAACGGCACAGACAGCAUCAUGGCUAACCGAGCACAGAGCUCAGCAGCCAGCAGCUCUCAGACAGGAGACGCCUUAGGGAAAGCACUCGCAUCCAUCUACUCUCCGGACCACACGAACAACAGCUUCUCGUCCAAUCCCUCCACCCCAGUCGGCUCUCCACCCUCCCUCACAGCUGCCAGUUCAGCUGUGUGGUCAAGAAAUGGCGGACAGGGACCGUCAUCGCCAAACUAUGAGGCUCCGUUGCACUCUCUGCAAAGUCGUAUCGAGGACCGUCUGGAGCGUUUGGACGAUGCCAUCCACGUACUGCGGAGCCACGCGGUGGGACCGUCGACGGGUAUGGCGAGCGGGCACGGUGAGAUGCACAACCUCAUCGGAGCCGCACAUACGCACAAUGGCGCUAUGGGUGCACUGAGCAGCGGGUAUGGGACGGGACUGCUGUCAGCCAACAGACACUCCCUCAUGGUGGGCUCUCACAGAGAAGACGGCAGCAGCGUGGGUGGACUGCGUGCCGGACACUCGAUGGCGGGUCAGGUGCCAGUGCCUCAGCUGCCCGUUCAGUCGGCCACCUCGCCAGACCUCAACCAGCCCGACCCGUACCGCGCCCUGUCCGGAGGCCUCCAGGGCCAGAGCACCUCCUCUGUCAGCUCGGAGAUCAAGUCUGAGGAUGAGGGCGACGAGAACCUCCUGCAGGAAACGAAGCCCCUGGACUCCAAGAAGGAGGACCCCGACAACAAGGACCUCAAAUCUAUUGAUAGGUCAAGAUCUAGCAACAACGACGACGAGGACCUGUCUCCUGAGCAGAAGAUGGAGAGAGAGAGGGAACGGAGGAUGGCCAACAACGCACGGGAGCGUCUGCGUGUCCGCGACAUCAACGAGGCAUUCAAGGAGCUGGGCAGGAUGGUCCAGCUGCACCUGAAGAGCGACAAACCCCAGACCAAGUUACUGAUCCUGCACCAGGCCGUGGCUGUCAUCCUCAGUCUGGAGCAGCAAGUCCGAGAGCGAAACCUGAACCCCAAGGCGGCCUGUCUGAAGCGCCGCGAGGAGGAGAAGGUCACCGUGACAUCGGACGGGGCUCCCCUCUCAUUGGCCGCCGCGCACCACGUCGCCGCCGCCGCCAUGGGCGACGGGUCAAACCCCUUGGGACAAAUGUAAAACGCAGCAACAUCUCCUCCCCCCCUGAAUGGUCCAAGGUGCCAGAGUUCAUCAAGAUGAUGAGUGACCACUUCCUCUGACGACGUUUUCAUGACAACCCCGGCAAUCGAUCAAAACCCAUUGUUGCUUCAGCCUGACCAAUCAGAUUCUCUGGAACUUCGGCCUGACCAAUCAGAUCAGCCUCUUUCCCUCCUCUCGUCCGUCGUCUCCGAUCCUCCUCUUCACCUUCGUCUCCUUCUUCUCUCUCUCCGAGAACACAAACUGCAGAAUCACAUUAGUCGCUUUCGUCACUUUGCAUCUCCAGCUGAAGUGAACUGGAUGCUACUUUGUGAGACGUUCAAAUGGCCGCCGUUACAUGGCUGCCACAAAGUGGCAGUUUGUGGGAGCUUUUGACACAAAGUGACAGCAAUGGACAAAUGUCUUUGGAAUCACAUCAUCCAAGAAAUUCUUCUUCUUGUGCUACUUGUUUUAUCAGCAUUCCCAAUUUUAAAGAACAAAAGGGUUCUAUAUAUAGUAUAUAUAUAUAUAUAUAUGAGAAAAGGAAAACAUGACAAAAAACUUGUUAAAAAAGUGCAACUUGGACGCGGGCAGUGAGGAGGGUACAAGUUGGGGAGGGUUGUUGAGAACGGAGCAAAACAUAUCACAAAGUGUUAAAGAGAUUUUUUUCUUUUUUCUUUUUUUUUUUUAAAGCAACAUUGCGCAGCUGUUGUUGAACGCAGCUUCAGCGCGUCUCUGACUGAAUGGCAAUCUAACGCCACACUGUGGAUGAAGCUGUGCCUGAUCUCCUCUUGGAUGCAAACCAGUCAGAUAGAUACAUGUGGAGAAGCAAAGCAAACAAACAAGAAAAUAAAAAAAAAAGAACAGGAAAGUUCCAGACAGUAUCACGCAAUUAAGCAAGCUGCCCACUCAUACAUCCCCUUACGAAACACACAUUUUCACAGAUUAAAUUCCAAAUGAAAAUGAAGAAGAGGUUAGGAAUCUGUUGCAACCCUCCUGCUUUUCCGAAUGCCGAAUUAUCUGAACAAAACAUAGUUUGCAAAUGCUUUUUGACUAUCAUAGACGCCUACAAAGAAGCGGGGCUAAACAAGAAAAACGGGGGCAACUCGUUCUUCCCCUUCAAAUGCAUUCCUUCGUAACCGAUUUACAAUAGAUUGUUAGUGUUAAAAAAAGAAACCUGAACAUGUUUAUGUAUUUUUUAUUAGUGUUUUAUGCUAAUAGCAACGUUGACUUUGUUUAACAAAAGGCGAAAUUGUGCAAACUGUAAAAAUCUUAGUGAAUACAAAAGCCUGGAUAGUUCCCAAAUGACCCAUGUGUAUCUAUUGAGAGGAAGAGAUUAUCUAGAAAAUCAAUCAUUGAAUCCGUUGAUCAAUCAACCAAUGAGUGACUCCAGGGGGACUGGGGUAUUUAAAUUAUUGAAGGUAGAGGAGCUACAGAAGACUGGAAGGAAGGAUCAUGCUGUAAUGAAAAAAAGUGUACUUCUAAAUGUGGCAGUCUGACUUUUCUUGACAUCUUCAUUUGAGAUUGUUAUGAUGGCUGUGGGGUGCAGAUGAAAAAAUGAUGACAGAAAAGAAGAGCUCUAGCAAACAUCCCGAAUCAAAGUCAGAUAUUCGUCAGCAUCUGCAGAGCAGGCAGAGUUUGAAAUGUUGUCCAGGCUUUUGCUGAAAUCGAAUGAUAACUGGGCAGAUGGUUAAGAGUAAGGACAGAUGAUAAAAAUGAUAUAUAGAUGGUUGGUGGAUGAGAGGGAAGGGGGGCUGGACUGAGCACAGAAGUGAAAUCUAUUCCACGUUUAGCACAUUCCCAGAAUCUUGAUCGCUCUACUUGAACUCGAGUGCUCCCGAUGUCCUGAAGGCCUGAACCAUGAGAGUUUUGGGAACCAUGGGAGGGUGAGGAGAAAAGCAGGAUUGAAGUGGUUUAACAUCCUGAGGAGCUGGAAAUAGGGAGGAAGAGAAGGAAAACCAGAGAAAUCCAGAGGUAUAAAUAAUGAUGACGCUGCAGGGGGAGCAAAGGGAACAAUCAUCGGGAUGAGGGGUGUAUAAUUUUCUUCUAGGGGCCAAGCAGCAGUAGUCAAAGCAUUCCUGUGUUGGAUUCAUCAUAUUCCCUAAUUUUCUGGUUUAGUAUAAGGCUGAUCAUAACCCUAAACCUCUAACCCCAACCUCAGACCUCCUUGCCCAGAGUAACAACCUUGGGGGACUUUCUGAUUGACAUUGGUUGUCUGAAAAGUGUGUUUUUAAAGUGUCUGUUGCUGGGACCAUUUACUGUUUGGAAUACCAUUGGCCUUGCAACCCAUUGCUUGGUAGUGUUGCAAUAAAGUCUGGCAAAAUUGCUCUUCCUGUAGCAGACAACUUCAGACUUUAUUAAAUUCAGCCUUAGAAUCAGCUAUAGUUAGAUAGUUAGCAGCACUCAGAUGUUUUGGGUUCCCAGAAUAAAGUGUGCAUUCACAUGUAAAUUUAAAACAUUUUAAAACAGUCCAGAAUUUCAGAGUGCUGCCUCUUUUACUUAGACUUAUCCAGGUUUCCUGGGUAGAAGUUAAGUAGAAGUCAACACUGACUUGGGAAAGAAACUGAUCAGAAUUGGAUCAGACCAAAGCAGGAAUGGCCGACACAAAAUCUUUUAUCAUGUCCAGGUGAGAAAAUACAUAAAUUAGGGCACUAUAGGUCAGGAAGAAAACUUUAAAGGUCCACUCUCCAUCAACAGAUGAAGGUAACUGGAGUACCUGCAAGUGUCCAAUGUGCUCUGGUGUCAAUCUGAAAGUCUCCUGUCGCCCCAGUUUGAGCCUUCCUUAAUCCAGACCUAUGUUUAAUCCCCAGUCCCAGUGUUGUCUUCUCUGCUGACCCUAGCCUUAUGAGCCCUAAACCAGAGCCCUAGCCCCUCUCCCCAGCCUCUUGCCCCACCUAGGCAUUCCCACAGAUGCAAUUUGAACAUUCACAAUUCUACCAAUGUGCCUUUUUAGAGUUCAUAUCAUUCGAGUUGCCAGAGGAGGACAUUUACCUGGUCUUUUAAUAGGAUGCAAGCUUAGGGAAACCUGUUCUUAGUCGUUAGGUUCUAUGCAGUCAGGUUUUUUACCAGACCUGGGAAUUUAAAAAAAGCUAAAAAGGAAAAAAAAGUAUUUUUUGGAUAAAAAACAACAACAAACUAAACUGUAUUUAAUGUACUGUACGCUUAUAUGUAAGUAGACAGCGUGUUCUGGCCUCGAGCCAGUGAGACAGACGCUUGAUUUAGCAAGACGAGCCCCCGUCCCAGGCCUCUCCGUCCCCCCUCCCCAAGUCCUCCAUAACCCCGAGCCCUUCCCGUUCCAAGCCCCAGCCCUGUUUCCAUGGUGAACAACGCGUCUCUUCUUGUAUUAUAGCUUAUCAGCUUUUUAUCAAUAUUUGAACGGCUUGUCCGUAAGCCAAUGUAGUCUUCAGUACAAAGUGUGUGGUCGUAUGUUGUAAAACAGAUUUUCUUUUUCUCUCUUUCUCUCUCUCUCUCUCUCUCUCUCUCUCUAUCUCUCUUUUUUAAGAAGAAUCUUUUCUCUUAUUACUUUUUCUUUGUCUGUUCUGGUUUACAUGUCUAUUAUAGAAAAUGUAAAAAAACAAAACAAAAAGAAAAACAAAAAAACAACAACAAUUCGCUAUCCGACAGCAUUGUUCUCUGUCGGUGGUCAUUUUGACGCGGUUAAAAUCCUACCCAAUCAACAGGAAGGCACGGAAACUGGAAAAGAAUCUAUUUGAAUAAAUCAAUCUAUAUAUAAAUGUACAAAAAAUAUAUACGAUAUAUAAGGAGGGUGCCAUUUUCUGUUAUGUUUUUUUAUUACUUUCUGUUGCAAAGGAGUGUUUGCUUGGGGAGGAAUUAUUUUCUCAAAGACUGAACUGGCAGAAGUUGGCGAGGCCCCUCAGUGUUAUAAAUUUUCAACUGACUUUGUUGUGUUCUCUGUUGUUGCCAUGACAACACCCUCUGACUAGUACGGCACUCUGCGCAGGACAAAAUGGGACCGGAGUUCCAAUCAGCUCCAUUCACUGCUAUGUAUCCAAGGCAACAACACACAGACAUUUGUAAAUUGUAUGCAACAAAAUGGCAAACUUUACCAUUAUUUUGAAAUUGUGUAUGUAAAAGUUAUAUUUUUACAUGUAGACUGUUGUUAUUUUGUGUUUUAGAAAUAUGUUGUAUCGGUUUUUUUGUUAAAAGAUGAAAAAGUAAAAUUCAGUGUGUGUUGAAAAAAUGUGUCACAUUGAAAAUGUAGUGAGGUCAAAAGUUCCGAAUCAUUUUUUUUUCUCUCUUCAACAUUAUGUUUAUUAUCUGUGGGGGACAUUUUUGAGGGUUCGUGGGAGGAAUCAGAAAUCAUAAAAGAUAUAUGACAUUUGAUUAAUUCUCCAUGCCUCAUGACAUUACCAUUUUUAAUUGUAUUUUUUGCAGAGAAAUGUGUAAAUAGUCAUAAAACAUUUUCUGUGGGGUUUCUGUGGGGUGAGAACUUGCCAGUGAGAGGCGGUGAUGAUGAACUUGUUUUGAUUUUUUGUGAGGUUGUAUUUGUCCAGUUAGUAGCCAGGUGCCAACUUUUAGUUCUGGUCAGUGGUGCUCAGUACUGUAUGUGGUUUUGAUUGCAGACCCUCUGAAGUGUAAGUCAAAUUAUAGUCUUUGCUUGCACCAAGAAUCACUUGUCAGAGCCGACGUAGCCAUUUUUGCCAAGAGUUCAGUGCAAAUGCAAAAUCUCAUAAAAACACAGCAUAUCAUAACUCAAAAAUACACAACCUGAUUUUUGCUGUUAUAAAUAUCUGUUAUAAUAAGAAUUGUUAGAGGAAAUGUGUUGCGACGCACCUUUUCAGAAAUGACAUAAAUCACUGCAAAAACUUGGUACCUGAAGAAUGUUCACAACUUCAGUACACUUUGUUCCCCGUGGUGCCCGGCUCUGACUCUGGUGCAUUUAUGUCCUUCAAGAUGGGUUGUAAAUGUUGAUUAAAUCAAAGACCCUCAGCACCUGAUUCAAGAUUAAUAUAUGAAAAUUGUGUAAAAGAUUGGAGUGUCGCUAAUAUAAAAUAGCAGGUCGUCAGCGAACAAUCUUAUCAGCUAUUUCCCCAAAAAGAUAUCAGAUCGCGUGCAAGGCAGUUUCAGUCUUUUGUUUUUAGUGUUUGCCAUUAAAAUUGAGCUUUUUAUUGAAAGGAAAAGCUGCUUUGAAUCGGACCUAGGUUAAACACUUGGAUUGAAUCUGUCAGUGUAAGUGCUAAAUGUAUUUUUUAAGUAAUGUUUUUAUUUUUGUGAUGCUUCAUUUCAUAUUUUCUCUUUGUUGUAUAAUCAAGUCAUCUCCCGAAUUACAGUAUCUUCAUUUUUAUGUUACCCCUGAUGUUUCUAUUAGCCAAAAUGUUAACUUUUUUUUUCUUUUCCCUCCUUGUUGUACAUACACACCUCAUUUCUCUUUUUCAGUGACUGUGCCAUGAGCUUUGUAAUCUGUUACUCUGUACCAGUUUUACUGCAAUAAUGAGUUGAAUUCAAAAUGGCCACUCCUGUCCUUUAUUUUUCCCAGCAAUGUUAGAAACAGGAUGCAUUUCUCUCUUUUCCUAUAAAGACCCCAUUUAAAAGAACAAAUACACUCGGGUAUACUCCAGACAUGAGAGUAACAAACAUCAGUAGCACACAAAUCUGAAAUUUGUUACAUUUAUAUAAUACUAAAUAUAGUUUGCAUUUUUUUUCCAUGCAAAAGGAUAAAACAAACAUUUUAUACAAAAGACCAUAAUGGAUGUUAACAUGGCACUUCAUUAACAGAGAAUAUUCAGAUUCCUGUGAAAGAAAAUGACAAAAUGAACAAUCAAAAGAGCCAUGAGUUUUCAUGUCUAUAUAACAGAACAUUUUAAUUGUACAAAUGUCCACUGCCAGAAGAAAAAAUAUUUAAAACUCCUGUUAAUAUUUUACUGUUCUUCUUGCUGAGUAUUUCACCUAAAGACAUUGAAUAUUUUUCCAGUUUCAUAUAAUUCAUAAAUCAGUAGAAAUGAUUUAUACUGAAGCAUAUGUGUUACUCUUUGAAAACUCAGAUUGGAUUAAUUUAUUCUUGGGAUCCAAGCUUAUUAAACCGCAUCAGUAUUUUAGUUUUUUUAAUUGAGUUAAGUGCUAUAAAUAAAUUGUAGUUCACAGCUGAAUUCAAAUCCCAAAGGAUUCACAACGAAUGGAUGAUCAUGUCAAGAAAUUAAAAGAAAUAAAACAUACAGCAAAAAGAUUUUAUCCCUUUCAGAUCAUUUUUUUUAGAUUCCUAACUGUUUUAUAAAAUAAUAUUUGAAGUUCAGAUUUUUUAAAUCAUGUAGUAUUGGUGUUAGGUAAAGGCAGUGAAUUAAUCACUGUUUGACAUUUUACUGAAAGCAGAGAGGGGGAAACUGGUAGCCGAAUCCCAACAACUCUAAGGCUGUCCGACUUACAAUGAUUUGUAUAUUUCAGCUAACAAGCUAUUCACAUGUCCGCCCAAGCUUUUGUGUUUAGAUAGUCAGGACAGAGCUCAAAUCUGGUAACUCCAGGGUGAGGACAGGACUUCUGAGAUUCUGCAUGUAGUCACCGCAACCAGUGGUCGUUAGCUUGAAUGCUAAUUUCUGGUCUCUUUUUUACAUUUCUGCAGCUAGUCAAUAAUUCCAAACAUGUAAAGGGGACACACUUGUAGGAUAUACUGAUAUUCUGGAACACAAACAAACCACUAGGAAUACAUAGGAAAGGUUUUAUUUGUGAUUUUGAUGAACUGACCACAUGAGCUGACGGUUACUGUACGGUUUCUAGAAAAAGGUCUCAAUUUUACUAUAUCAAACAUGGUCAAAUAUGUGGAUUUAAAGUUAUGGAAUUCCUCUAAAUCCAUUAACAACAACCUGCAUGGCUGCAUCCAUCUCACCCAUAUUCAUUGCUGUUUUUGUGGCAGUUUUUGUCCAUUUGUCCAAACGGUUUGAACAGCAUCAGUGAGAACAACAGCAGACAGACAAGUCAGAUGUGGGGGCAGAAAUUCAGAGGUCAGGAAACAGGUUACGAUUUAGUAUUUGGAGAGUCCAGAAUUCUGAAAAAUGAAUAUAAUAAUAAUUUAAACACAAAUUAGUAAUACCAGGCAAUAAUUAAAUUCCAUUAAAAAAAAAAAAGUAAAUCCAAAUGGCAUACAGUACAGGGGACUCCAAUAACAAUAUGAACAACAAUCCCAUUUUACUGCGAUGAUGUUGACUCAUCUGCUUAUUCAGUUCGUCAUGUCUCUCGGUAUUAUUUGUCCUUUUCAAAGACAUGCUUCAUUUUUCAGUAUUCUGAUCAUUACAUGAAGAUGAAAAUAUAUUAACUGUGGCCUUUUUUCUUUCUUCUUGUUCCUCGUGAUGCAAUUCAGUUGAAAAUAUG